GGGGCACUUCCGCUUCCGGUUCACGGCUCGCCCCGCUCUCCCGGCGUCGCUCGCGCGCCCGAGUCAAGAUGGAGGAGUACGCGCGGGAGCCCUGCCCCUGGCGGAUCGUGGACGACUGUGGCGGGGCCUUCACCAUGGGCACCAUCGGCGGCGGCAUCUUCCAGGCGGUCAAAGGCUUUCGCAAUUCUCCCGCGGGAGUGAGCCACAGGCUGCGGGGGAGCUUGACGGCCAUUAAAACCAGGGCCCCGCCGCUGGGAGGCAGCUUUGCGGUGUGGGGCGGCCUGUUCUCCAUGAUCGACUGCAGCCUGGUGCAGGUGCGAGGCAAGGAGGACCCCUGGAACUCCAUCAGCAGCGGGGCCCUGACGGGGGCCAUCCUGGCCGCCAGAAACGGGCCGGUGGCCAUGGUGGGCUCGGCCGCGAUGGGCGGCAUCCUCCUGGCCCUCAUCGAGGGAGCGGGCAUCCUGCUGACGCGCUUCGCCUCCGCGCAGUUCCCCAACGGCCCUCCGUUUGCCGAGGACCCCUCCCAGCUGCCCGCCGCCCCGCUGCCGUCCUCGCCGUUCGGAGACUACCGGCAGUUCCAGUAGGACGUCCCCGCCGGGGCGCGGGCAGGAGCGGCUCGGCACGCCCGUUCCCGGCCGGAGGCGGGCCAGCUGCGGCCGGCGGCCUCGAAGAGACAGUAGCGUUUCCCUAUUUAAAGGAACUUGGGGUGGGGGAGCGAUGAUCCACUAUUUAUUCGCCCUGGAGAGCGCUGGUGAUCACAGUAGGCGUCUGAUCCCUUUA